AUGAGCACCUGCCAUAUUUACAGUUCCGAGGAUUAUGUGCCUCUCUGUAAAAGGCCAUCCAUUGACCCUCGUCCACCUGCUACCACCACUGUCCCAAAUGGUGCAAUAAUAGCGGGUGCAGCCCCCCCCUCAACGUCAUCUGCAGCCGUUCAGUCUCCCUUUUGGUCGUCCAAGCCCCCUAUGUCUCCCUAUGAAUUCGGGCACGUCUCUUCGUGCGAUUUCGCCGGUAGUGAUCAGAUGCAGAAUGGCUCUUCAGACAACAUUCAAUUCGCUGAGCUUCUGCUUCAAAGAGAACAAUCACUCAGUCAUUGGCCGGCAAGAUUAGCACAGGGAGAAGGAGUCAUUGGAUGGGCUGACCGAGACCGAGAAGCGUUCUGGAUAUGCGGAGCUGCUCGUCGUCUCGGAUUAGACACUGACAGCAUAUCCGCUGCUAUUGCCCUCCUUGAUAGAGUUGUAUGCUCUACACGUGUCCCUCCAAAAUAUAUCAACUGUGUCGCUGCUGCGUGUCUCCAUAUAUCCAAGAAAUUGUGCGAAGACAAUGAGGAAACAACUACCAAUUUUCUUCGUCGAUUACGCCUUGAAUAUAGUCCAAGUGAGAUGAAAAGGAUGGAAACCAGAAUUUUGGCUUUACUUCAAUGGGAUGUGCAACUUCCAACUCUCUCAAGAUUCUUGGAUGCAAUGAUGUCGCCAUUGAGAGCUCAAUAUCUUAUUGGACCUAUCAGAUGUCAUUUAGAGGCUGUUCUUUGUUCCUCUCAAAUUAUGUCUCAGUUCCGACCAUCCGUUGUAGCUUUGUCCUUAGUUUCUCUGGUAUUAGAAGCCACUCGUCGCCAUUGGUUACGCUCUAGUCAUCAUAUAAUCAAAACCUUCAAGGUUGAAAUGGGUGAAUUGAUCAGAUGCCGUGAAAAAGUUUCUUCACUUUGGGAUCGAUCUUUUAUGCCCUCUUUCUCUUCAUACGGCUUAUUGGCCAGUACUUACGCCAGCUUCAGUAACCAAGCUAACUACGAGCACAUCCAAGUGAGCACGACGAAUGAAACAUGUGCUUUUUCAAGUGCAACUCCAUCUACUCCAAUAACUCCAGAUAACAUGACAUCACCGCAGGCUCUUCAGCCUACACCAUGUUAA